AUGGACACUCCUGCUUCCAUCACCCCCGAGUCUCUGCAGUCCUUCAAAGAUUCACCCCCAUACAAUUACGAAGAGGCCCUAGUGCCACCAGGAGGCUUUCGAACCUUCAACGAGUUCUUCGCCCGCCAUCUAAAGCCCGGAGCGAGACCCAUUGACUCGCCAGCGGACGACAAGGUCAUUGUCUACCCGGCUGACUGCACGUAUGACAACUCAAUCACCGAUCAGAGCAUCGUCAGCAUUCAGUCUGGAGGAGUCGUGAUGAUCAAGAACCUCCCGUGGACAAUCGGGUCGCUCUUGCAGGGCAGUGAAUUUGCGAACGACUUUGACGGUGGCGUCUGGAUGCAUGCCUUUUUGAACACAUUCAACUAUCACCGCCAACACGCACCCGUCGCCGGUACUGUCAUCGAGGCCAAGAACAUACAAGGCGCCGCCUAUCUCGAGGUCAACGCCAAAUGCCAGCCUAUCCGCGUCAUGUGUGGGCCGGAUGCCCCCGAUAGCCCUGGGUACCAGUUCCUUCAAAUGCGCGGAAUGGUGGUCAUCGACAACCCUGUUCUGGGCAAGGUCGCCGUGUUGCCCAUUGGCAUGGCCCAAGUCUCGUCUGUUAAGCUGUCGGUGAAGAAGGGAGAUGUGCUCAAGAAGGGAGACGAGAUUUCCUGCUUCCUGUUCGGCGGGUCGGACAUUAUUGUUGUCUUCCAAGCCAAGGCUGGGCUCAAGGUUGACAAUUUCGUUGCGUCGUCAGGGGAUACCUACUCAAAGAUGGGUACGAUCUUGGCUAGAGCGCCGUGA